AUGAGGCCCAAUAAGGAAAUAUUUUCCAAACAUCAGGAGAGAUUCUUGCUUUUCUUUAGUCUUUGUGUCCCCACGGUGGACGCUAUUCACCCGGACUGCGCCAUCAUUGCUCAGCACCUGAGGGCCGGCGAGACCUGCAGCCUGGCGAGGAGGAGAGAAGUUGAGAACCAGACGGCGCGCGGCGAGAGGAAGUACAGUAUUCGUGCAAUAUCAGGAGAAAAUAGAUGCCAGACCGAGUGGGACCAGAUUGGCUGCUGGUUGAGAGCCGAUGUAGGUCAGGUGGUCAAUGUGUCGUGCUCUGACAUCUUUCAGCAUUUCUCCAGUGGUCAAGGGUUGGUUUACAGGAACUGUACAGCAGAAGGCUGGUCAGACAUUUAUCCGCCCUACCAGGAAGUUUGUGCUUUUAGUGACGACAACGGGCCGGAAUCAGAGACUAGUUACCUGUCCACCUUUAGACAGGUGUACACUGUGGGCUACGCCACCUCGCUCGUCUCCCUCAUAACAGCCAUAGUGGUGUUCACUGCUUUCAGGAAGUUUCGAUGUACCAGGAACUACAUCCACGUCAACUUGUUCUCCUCGUUCGUCCUGAGGGCCAGCGCCGUCUUCAUCAAAGACACGGUCCUGUUCGCUGACGAGACGCUGGACCACUGUUCCAUGUCCACGACGGCGUGCAAAUCGGCCGUGGCGUUCUUCCAGUUCAGCAUUCUGGCCAAUUACUUUUGGCUGCUGGUGGAGGGCAUGUAUCUGCAGACCCUGCUAGCGCUCACCUUCGUCUCCCAGAGGAAGUACUUCUGGUGGUACAUCCUGAUUGGAUGGGGCCUCCCAUCCAUUAUUCUCAUUCUUUGGGUGCUGAGCAGAUUCUUCUAUGAUGACAGAGGGUGCUGGGACGACACCGACAAUGUUGGCAUUUGGUGGAUUAUCAAAGGACCGAUAACAGCUACGUUGCUGGUCAACAUUAUCAUCUUUAUCAACGUGAUCCGCAUCCUGGUCCAGAAGCUCAAAUCUUCUGCCAUGUCCGGAAACAAUGACACCGGACAUUUUAUAAGACUGGCUAAAUCCACGCUUUUCCUCAUCCCUCUGUUCGGGAUGCACUACACUCUGUUCGCCUUCCUGCCGGAGAACACGGGCGUGGCGGCCCGGCUCUAUAUCGAACUGGGUUUGGGAUCCUUCCAGGGCUUUGUGGUGGCUCUGCUUUACUGUUUCAUGAAUGGAGAGGUGCAGGCAGAGCUGCAGAGGUGGGUGUGGAAAUGUCACAACCAAAGUCAGCCCACAUCAGCCAAACGAAGUAUCAGUCAGGUUAGCGUUGGAGCGCGCGGCGGCGGACUUCGGCGGCUCCCUUCCACUGGUAACAUCUCUACCGUAUGACCAUAAGCAAACACUGAAGGGACAUUUAAAUCCAUAUUUUGGGUUGUCAAAACAAGAAUGUGGAUUCUAGACUGUGCUGCACUGAGCCUUGACCAACUUCUAUGUUUAAAUUGGACCUAUAAUUUAACCUAAUGGAUUAACUCAUCUGACCUUUUUGUAUUUUAUUUAAUUGGCUUGAUGUUUUUUGGACUUUUUACAUUCUAUGUUGUACCUGUGUGUCAACAUGUUAUUUAAUUUGCACUAAGUGAGUUGCUAAAUGUAAAAAAAAAACAUCAUUGUGAUUAGACUGAGCAUUUAGGAUGACAAUACUCUAGUGUCUUAUUAUACAAACCCCAAUUGCAAUGUUGUGUAUAUUGUAAAUAAACCCAAAAUACAAUAUGAUUUGCCAAUCAUUUACAACUAUUCAAUUGAAUACAUACAGAUAUUUUGUUCCAACUGAUUUAUUUUCAUAUGUUCAACAUUCACUUCAAAAUUGGGGUUUGUAGUCGGUUUUGAACCAAGUUAGGAAAUUCUUUUGUUUUUUCUUUUAACUUUACAGUAUCACUAGGCACUUUGUAUCAGUUCACACUGACAUAUUGUCACUGUAUUUUCCAUGAACUUUUAUACAAAAUAUAUUCGGUCGGCGACGCGCUACGGUUGCGCGUUCGGCGGUGCGCUACAGUUGCGCCAUCGGACAAAAAUGCGCAAAUGAAAAAAUGCUUAAAAAAGGCGUUUUUCUUUUUAUCUUGGAACAGAUUUUUUUUUUUCCAUUAUUUUAAUGUGAAAACAUGAUUCAGAAUUCGAACGAAUCACUUCUCAAACAGCCUUCUGGAACGGAUUGUGUUCGAAAACCGAGGCUCCACUGUAUUUCCAUUGUUGCUGAGGAUAUAGAGAAGGACAUGUAUGUAAAGGGGGGGAGCACAGUAAUAAAUGAGAAAAUGCAUAAAGCCUGAA